AUGUCAAACUCUCGGUCGGACCUGACACUCAGUAGCUUCCCCCAGCUGGGACAGCAGGCCCGCUCCACGUCGCCGACCACAUCCAACCCCUCCCCCAUAGACCCAUCUUCCGCAUCCUCUUCCGGCCGGUCUCCAUUUGGCUUGCCUCCCCCUGGCCUGGGCGGCAACUCCAAGAUUCCCGCCUCGCGCUCGGGCAAUGGGUCCCCAUCGCACGACUUGGGGCCCUCCAGCCGCCUCUACUCUAAACGGUAA